GAUGACAAGGGGGGUGAGUACAUUAUCUUAUCAUUAUCAUAAUCUGUAAAUUGUUGCUCUGGAAGUGGACUUCACCUUUAAUGUGUGAGGUUGAACUAGUGCAAGGUGAGCAUUUGUAGUUAAAAGUAUAUAAAUUAGUAUUUUUCUUUGAAAAUGAUUGACCGUUAUGCUAGAUAAGACCCUUAUUUCUCUGCUGGGAUUGUGUACAGCCUUUUGAAGCUGCAUUGAAACUGCAAUUUGUACCUUCAACCUAUUGGCCACUGAAGUCCACUAUAUGGAAAAAAAUCCUGGUAUACAGUAUUUUCCUCAUAAACCUUAACCUUGGAUGACAUGAGUAAAUUAUCAGGAAAUUUUCAUUCUGUAAGUGAAUGUCUCAUUUAAGUUAAUGUGUACGUUUUUUAGGCCUAAAUGUUUAUUUUUUAUAAAAGGGACAGACUUUUGAUAGUCACUAUAUUACUAAAGCUAUGUUAGUACUGUUAUUACACUAAAAUUACAAAACACUAACAACAUAGAGAUUGAAAUCGUUUGGCAUUAACCGCCAGAUGUCACUGAAACCCUAAAGGUUCUGACAGAGGUAUGUACCAGUCAUGGAAUGUCCGAGUCAUUCCCGCGAAUCGGUUCUUUCCAACCGUUCGCUCUAGCAGGUUCAAGAUUCCAGCGAUUCUUUCACGUCAUAGCAUCGUUCGUCAUAUAUAUCGUCGUCACAGAGUACAUGCGUUCCAGUAAAGCCAUAUGUGGGCACUUAAUGUAUCUUGCGUGUAUUUUGGUUUUUAGUCAAACGGAUCAUCGUGAAGGAAUCGUUCAAACUGUGAACUGGUUCUUGAAAAUUAACUGAAAGGAUUCGACUCAAAAGAACACUAUGUUCAGGAAUCGCAUAUCACUAUACAGAACAUGGUCACAGUGGGAUUCUUUGUGCUUUUGCGUGAGAUGACUGUCGAAUCUGUGUAGGGUCGAAUUUGGAGUAGAAUUGUCUAGAACAGAAUUGCAAAUCAAACCGGCAUUCUUUUGUUGGGAGGGACGUCUAAUCAUGGCUGAGCAUUUGUCCCAGAGUGAACUGGACUAUCCUUUUAAGCUCUUGGAAUAUUUCAAUGGAUUCAGGAUCUCCAAGGCAAUAUUUUCAGCUUGUGAGUUAGGGGUCUUCGACCUUCUCCUCCAAUCCCAAAAGUCCAUGAGUGCAGCUGAAGUGGCACAGAAGCUUGGCACUAAUGAAGAUGGUAUAGAGCGUUUACUGGAUGUUCUGGUUGCCAUUGAGAUUGUGGAUGUGGAAGUGGUACAGGAAACAGCUCAUUACAGCAGUACAGAUGUUGCUAAUCUAUACCUGGCCAAGUCCAGCCCAAAAUCUCUACAUGAUUUAAUCAUUUAUAACUCUCAAACCAUCUACCCACUCUGGAACAAUCUGGUAGACGCUGUUAGGGAAGGGAAGAAUCAGAAUGAGAAAACCUUUGGCCUCCCAUCUGAAGAGAUCUUCUCUGCCAUAUACAGGUCAGAAGAGGAGAUGCUGAAAUUCAUGGGACUGAUGAACUCAACAUGGGUCAUUGACGGCCAUGACAUAGUGACAGCAUUCGAUCUUUCUAGCUUCAAGACCGUCAUAGAUCUGGGAGGCUGCUCUGGUGCAUUAGCACGAGAGCUGGCUAAAGAGUAUCCUUCCUCCACUGUCACGGUUCUGGAUCUCCCGGCUGUGGUCCAGACUGCUCGGCGGCAUUUCGCCCAGCAUGAUGACACCAUCUGUUUUCAAGAGGGGGACUUUUUUGAAGGAGAAAUCCCUUCUGCGGAUUUAUACAUUCUGGCCCGGAUCAUUCAUGACUGGAAGGAGGAAAAAAAUCUCAAACUACUGAAGAAAAUUCAUACAGCAUGUCAUCCAGGUGGAGGCGUUCUAAUCGCAGAGGCACUGUUGUUUGAGAACCGCCGGGGUCCAACUAUGGUUCAAAUGUUUUCUCUGAACAUGCUAGUCCAGACAGAAGGGAAGGAGCAUCCACCCUCUCAUUACACACGUCUGCUUACCGAAGCAGGAUUCAGAGACGUGCAGGUCUGUCGGACCGGAAAAUCAUAUGAUGCUAUUUUGGCACUCAAAUGAAUAAGCACAAGUGUAUUCAUGUGAGCGUCGUCAGUAAUCAGACCCCUUCUGCCUUAUCUGUAGACACGUCACUAAUCAUGUUCAUGCACAGACAUCUGUUGUUCCACCCUGGCUUAUAAAACAGUUUUUUCCUCCAACACAGAGUGAGCCCCCUCCUGAUUCUUAUGAUUCCUUUAAAAGACUGUUUUAGUACCAAUUAGAUUUUGUCAUUUGUGAACUUGACUCCUGAGGCCUACCAGAUGUAGUCUGAGAAGGGGUGGGUUAAGGAGCUGUUUCUGAUUGGCCAGUGAUGUGUCAAAAUAAGCUCCGCCCACCAUCUUGUGUAUCUAUGCACUGUAGUCUCAACACAUGGUUAAGUGUGACCCCUAGUGGUUAUUUGUUGAACUAACACAAUCAAAAAAUCCAAAAAAUAAAAAUAAAACCGCAUUAGUGGAUUUUUAACUAAAGAAAGUCUGAAUAUCAAUUCCUGACCUCAUUCCAUUGUUUUUUUUGUGUCAUAUAGUCUAGUCCAAAUACAAUUUCUUUAUCAUCCUUCUACAAAAAGAAUACCUCUUGAUUUUUUAAAUGUAUUGUGUAUUUUUUUCUAGUGAAAACCUUGAACCACCCUUGACCUUGUGCCACACAUUUAUAGUUGUUCACUGAGAAACAAUCAAAUAAAAGGAAACAAU